AUGAUCCAAAAGAUUCACGAGGCCCAACUGAUAAGUAUCGUCCAACUUGAAACCAGUAGCACCGUUCGACGAGCAAAUUCCGCCCAGACAAUAGUCGUUUUGGAUCCGUCGAUGCUGGUUCCGCCCACACCCCAGGGUGCAACACCUCCUCCCUACGCCUCUCUUGUCCCCGCCGAUCAAUCAAGUGAAAGAUGUGGUGGGACGUAA